AGUGCCGAUCAGCUGACCUCCUCACAUGACCCGUCGUCUACCGAGCUGAUCGACUCCGUUCCGUCCGUUUUUCUCCGUUAAAUCACCGGGACUCCGUGAUGGCCGGCCGCGGGAAGCUGAUCGCCGUGAUCGGGGACGAGGACACGUGCACGGGCUUCCUGCUCGGCGGCAUCGGAGAGCUGAACAAAAACCGGAAACCGAAUUUCCUGGUGGUGGAGAAGGACACGAGCAUCACGGAGAUCGAGGAGACCUUCAAGAGUUUCUUGGCUCGUAACGACAUCGGCAUCAUCCUGAUCAACCAGUUCAUCGCUGAGAUGAUCCGUCACGCCAUUGACGCCCACAUGCAGUCCAUCCCGGCGGUCCUGGAGAUCCCGUCUAAGGAACAUCCCUACGACGCCUCCAAGGAUUCCAUCCUGCGCCGGGCCAAGGGCAUGUUCUCCGCCGAAGACUUCCGAUGAGCGGCGCUGCCCUGAGAUGCUCCUGAUGUUGUUGUUGUUGUGAUUAAUAGAUUAACUAUCGGCGUAUUGAUCGGCUCCUUGUCUUUACUUUGUCCUGCUCAGGCAGCGCUUCAUGAAGUGGAAAUGUUUCCUGUGAUUCACCGUCAUUCUGUUGUUUUUAGACCAAAGUGAUUCAUGUCUUCUGUCCUCUCAGCUCAGCCUGUUUUCUUCCUCUUUGUUCCAGAUGUGUAACUUAUUAAACUUUAACAGAUGUUGAUCCAAUAAAAUGUUGGUUGUGAA